AUGGGUGUCAAUAAUAACCAAUUAGAAUUUCCGUAUUUUUUGGCACUUAAUGAGAAUACAAAAACACUUUACAUAUCUGACCAUGACAAUAAUCGAAUCAUGAGUUAUGCGUCAGUAGGUACAGUGGCAGCCGGAGGUAAUGGUUUUGGAACAAGUUAUACACAAUUGGAAUAUCCUGUUGGAUUAUAUUUGGAUUCAUUAACAAAUAGCCUUGUCGUCGCUAAUUCAGCUGCUCAUAAUAUUGUUCGAUGGAUAUUAGGUGAUAAUAGUUGGACACAGGUUGCUGGUAUAAGUGGAAUACAAGGAAAUUCCUCUAGCUUACUUAACCUUCCAAUGGGUGUGACAUUUGACCCGAUGGUUAAUACGUAUGUAGCUGAUGCAUAUAAUCAUCGUAUAAAAUUCUUUUUACCGGAUCAAAGUGAAGGUAGAACUAUUGCUGGGAUUACUAGUUCACCUGGAAUGAAUGAUAUACAGUUAAAUACACCUUAUUCAAUAAGAUUAGACAAUCAACUGAAUCUUUAUGUCGUAGAUUUGGGCAAUCAUCGAGUACAAAAGUUUUACGCUAUUAAACAAAUAUUGUUUUGUUAUCGUUAUUAG